UCCAACAUGGCCGCGUCCUGCUAGUGAGGUUAGCCAAACGAGCCUUGACAAUCUCCCGAACAUUGUGUCUGUCUUCUCGUCACAAUGUGGCCACAACUUGGCACCGUUUGUUCUACAAACAUGUUAGUUUGCAGAAGAAGCUUGUUGGCUGCCGCUCUUUUCAAACGUCGCCGAGGAGCAGCCCAGGCUAAUCACGUUCGUCACCUGAGCCGUUGCAAAGCUCUGGUGUAUGCAAACCACGGAGAUCCUUCUCAUGUUAUUCAUGAUUCUUUCAUGAUCACUAGAGGAGCCACACUUUGACAAUCACUGCACCAUGGGAUUUAAGUCGUUACGAGAAUACAGGACGUACGCCAUCCUGCCCGACCUCCCGGCCGUUGGUGGCAAAGAGGGGGUGGCCCAGGUGGUAGUUUUGCUGUUUGGCGCAACCCUGUUACAGAUAUUCAGGCAUCUGAAAAAUAUAUUUCAAAAAUAUUGCCGACUUAAUCGUUUACAAUUAAAUACAAAAACUUAAAUUUGCUUUGAAUACUAGCUAAAAAAAAAUAUUUUUGUAUUUACAGUAAAAGGUUGCAAAUUAGAGUGGAGGAAACUCCAUCCGUCCAUCCAUCCAUUUUCUGUACCGCAUUAUCCUCACAAGGGUUACGGGCGUCCUGGAGGCUAUGCCAGCUAUCUUCGGGCGAGAGGUGGGGUACACCCUGAACUGGUCGCCAGCCAACCGUAGGGCACAUAUAAACAAACAAACCAUUCACUCUCACAUUCACACCUAAGGGCAAUUUAGAGUCUUCAAUCAACCUACAUGCAUGUUUUUGGGACGUGGGAGGAAACCGGAGUGCCCGGAGAAAAACCACCCAGGCACGGGGAGAACAUGCAAACUCCACACAGGCGGGGCCGGGAUUUGAACCCCGGUCCUCAGAACUGUGAGGCAGUUGUGCUAAUCAGUUGCUCACCGUGCUGCCAGUGGAGGAAACUAUUUGAGGAAAUACAGUAUAUUCUUAUGACCAUCUUUUGCCUACUACCUUGGCUUUGAAUAGAAUGUGAGUACUUUGUUCCUGUCAGGUUGGAGAAUGUGGAUCUUCCCCCAGUGGGUCCAAAGGAUGUCCUGGUUAAAAUCAUGGCCGCUCCCAUCAACCCGUCAGACAUCAACAUGAUCCAAGGGACGUACGCUAUCCUGCCCGACCUCCCGGCCGUUGGUGGCAAUGAGGGGGUGGCCCAGGUGGUGGAGGUGGGCGGAAAGGUUACAUCUCUCCAAAUAGGAGACUGGGUCAUCCCGAGAGAUUCUGGUUUGGGGACGUGGAGGACGGCAGCCGUGCUGGAUGAAGAUUACUUGAUCUCAGUGCCCGGUGAUAUCCCCCUGUUGGCUGCUGCCACACUGGGGGUGAACCCCUGCACUGCCUUCAGGAUGCUGGCCGACUUUGAGGACCUCGAACCAGGUGAUUCGGUGAUCCAGAAUGCAGCCAACAGUGGCGUGGGGCAAGCGGUUAUUCAGAUUGCAGCAGCGAGGGGGAUAAACACCAUCAACGUGCUCCGAGACAGGCCGGAGUUCACUCAGCUCAGUGACAGGCUGAAAGCCCUCGGAGCAAGUCACGUGAUCAAGGAGGACGCACUGAGGAGGCCCGAGAUGAAGGAACUCUUUAAGACAUGUCCAAAACCUAAAUUGGCUUUGAAUGCCGUUGGAGGAAAGAGUGCCACCGAGCUGCUCCGUCAUCUCCAGGUUGGAGGGUCCAUGGUGACCUACGGGGGGAUGUCCAAACAGCCUGUGACUGUCCCUGUGAGUGCUCUUAUUUUUAAGGAUGUGAAAGUGUGUGGCUUCUGGGUGACGCAGUGGAAGAGACAACACUCACACGGAGCAUUCAGGGUCAUGCUGGAUGAGUUGUGCGCCCUCCUCCGCCAGGGAAAGCUUAGCGCUCCCGCCUGCACCGAGGUGGCUCUGGACGACUACCGCCGAGCUCUGGAUGCCGCCGUACAGCCUUUCACCUCCGCCAAGCAGAUCCUGACCACGUGAAGACUCCUUCCACGCGACAGUUAAUGUCAACGAUCAGGUUUAAAGUUCACUAUGUAGAAUCAUGACCUUCUAGACUUCAGAGUGGUUUUACUGGCUGACUUUAAUGAGCUGUUAAGUCUUUACAAGUGAUAAGAGGCAUCAUCCAGAACUGAAUCAUUCAGGUUUUUAUCAUAUGUCGAAAUACAAUAUUGCAUUUAUUGCCACAGGAAUCCAUACAAAUACACCGAUUACCAGUACAGUUAAAAAUAACCUGUGUAUUAUUUGUUGGCUGUAUUAAACCGCAAAACAUAAAUUUAUUCACUGGAAAUGAGUAAUUGAACAAUAUCAUUCACUGUUGUAUGAAAGCCACACAGGUAAUAUAUGAAGCCAGAGCUUGUUGUUUCUUACCUUAAUUAUGAUUACGAUGUGAUUAAAUCAUCAUAUCUACUUGCCACGUUAUUUAGCUAACAUUAAAAUGCAAACAUUAAGUCGUUGAAAGGCUACAAUGUGUAUUUGAAGCUGAUGAGGUCAACAUAUGGGCUCAUACAGUAAAUAAAAAAAGUCUAAACAUCCCUGUUCAAAUUCCAGGUUUUUGUGAUUUAAGAAACACAAGAUAAAUCAUUCAAAACUUUUUCCACGUGAAAAAGUAUUUGCCCCAUUUGAAGUCUCAAUCUUUUGCAUAGUUUCCCUACUUUAAGAUAGUCAAACAAAUAUAAAUAUUACACAGAGAUAAACAAAGUAAACAUAAAAUACAGUCUUUAAAUUAUUUUAUUUAAUUAAGGGGAAAAAACUAUUCAAAACUACCUAACUCUAUGUGAAGAAGUAAUUGCCCCCUUGUUAAAUCAUGAAUUAACUGUGGCUAAUCACAUUUUAAGGAAAGCUGAGUUCAUUUCCACUGACCACACCCAAGCCUGAUUACCACCAUACCUGCUCAUUCAAGAAAUCACUUAAAAUAGAACCAUUUUGACAAAAUUAAGUUAGCCAAAAUAUCUCAAAAAGCUGCAACAAAAUGCCAAGAUCCAAAGGAAUUCAAGAACAGAUGAGAAAUAAGGUAAUUGACAUCUAUCAGUCUGGAAAUGGUUAUAAAGCCAUUUCUAAAGCGUUAGGACUCCAGCGAACCACAGUGUGAGCCAUUAUCCUCCAAUGGAGAAAACAUGGAACAGCGGUGAGCCUUCCCAUGAGUGGCCGGCUUACAAAAAUAGCCCCAAGAGCACAGUGACCACUCAUCCAGCAGAUCACAAAGGAACCCAGGACAACAUCUAAAGAACUGCAGGUUUUCUUUGCCUUAGUUAAGGUCAGUUCAUGAGUCAACAAUAAGGAAGAGACCAGGCAAAAAUGGCAUUCAUGGCUCAUCUUACUUUUACAAAAAAAUACAUCUGUACUAUUCCCAAGACGUUUGGGAGACUAUUAUACUGACCGGAUGAAAGUUGAACUUUUUGAAAGGUGUGUGUCUCGUUACAUCUGGCGUAAAUGUAACA